GGCUGUGGUGCGUCGUUCAGCUGUCAACCGGCUGUUCAAUCGGAUGAUCCCGGGCGGGCGGAGCCAAGUAGGAGGAAAUUGUCUAGUUGGCUGGCUGCUUCAAGAAAACCGGCUACGAGCAUCCAUACCCGGCAGUUUGAUCGUACAUCUUCGCUGCUUUCAAAGCAUUAUCGCAACAGCAAACAAGCAAGAUACACAUCUCAAGCAAAACAUCAUUGAUUUCUGGAACACGUCAACAUUUAUCGCUAGCGAACGUUGCUUAUAAACCAGGCAACACUUGUAUGCUGCAAUUUUCUAGAAACACCUGUGAAAGCCUCGGAGAUUAAAUAGAUACACGGGUGCAGGAUGGAGACGCAGAUACAUGUGCCUGUCGGGUCGCCGGUCAUUAGAAAAAUCCCCAUUUCCGUGGACGAACACAACGUGACGGAGGGAGCGAUGAAGCUCAUUAAACAGCUGAGACCUGCGUGGGACACGAGCAACGUAAAAACCAAGCUCUUCACUGAUGGAACCACCAACAAGCUGGUGGGCUGCUACGUGGAGGACAGUCCAGAAGACGUGGUCCUGGUGCGAGUAUACGGCAACAAGACUGAGCUGUUUGUGGACAGAGACAAUGAGCUCAAAAGCUUUCAGGUGCUACAUGCUAAUGGAUGUGCUCCUCGCCUCUACUGCAGCUUUCAGAACGGCAUCUGCUAUGAGUUCAUGCAGGGGGACGCACUCGGGACGCAGGAUGUCAGAGAUCCUUCCUUGCUCAGACUGAUAUCCAGGGAGAUGGCUCGUAUCCAUUCCAUCCAUGCACACAAUGGCUGCGUCCCCAAACCCAACCUCUGGCUCAAGAUGCGAAAAUACUUCUCCCUCGUGGCCACCGAGUUCACCGACCAAGCGUCCAACGUCAGAAUCCAGCAGGAAGUUCCCAGCAAGGCGGUGCUGGAGCAGGAGAUGGUGUGGAUGAAGGAGCAUCUCUCCACUCUGGGUUCCCCUGUGGUGCUCUGCCACAAUGACCUGCUCUGCAAGAACAUCAUCCACAACAACAAAGAGGGUCAUGUUCGCUUUAUAGACUAUGAAUACUCCAGCUACAACUAUCAGGCCUUCGACAUCGGCAACCACUUCAAUGAGUUUGCAGGAAUGGCGGAGCUGGACUAUGGGCUGUACCCCAGUCGGGAGAUGCAGAUGGACUGGCUCAAAGUGUACCUGCAGGCGUACAAACUCUUCACCAUGAAAACAGAGGAGGUCAGCCCGCGGGAGCUGGAGACACUCUACGUACAGGUCAACAAGUUUGCUCUGGCUUCUCACUUCUUUUGGGGCUUCUGGGCGCUCAUCCAGGCCAAAUACUCCUCCAUUGACUUUGACUUCCUCGGGUAUGCUGUGCUACGUUUCAACCAGUACUUCAAGACCAAACCUGCAGUUAUGGCCCUGCAAAUCCCAGAAUGAGAGGAGGACAGACUGCGGAGAGAAGACCGGAGUGAGGGUGGAACAGGUUUUAUGCUGUGACGUCCUGUAGGGUGGGAACUCUUCUCUGUGAGCCAGCUGUUGAUGGACCACUGCUUGGUUUUAUUCUUUCAUCUAAACUCUAGCUCAAGAAUGAUAAAACUUCCGUGGGUUGUAUGGAUGUGUAUGUGUGUGAGAGAGAGUGUUUAUGCUCAUGUAUGUUAGUGUUCUUAAUUUAUCUCGAUAAAAAACCAACGUGUUUCUUUCCCUCUUCGGGCAACUGAGCACGGCAUAGUGAGCACAGCAGCCCACAUUUAGGGAUAGAGAUCACAGACCUGCUUUAAUAUCUGUCACUCUGGCGCCAAAAUGUUCCACAACGCUGGAAAUGAAGUUCCAAAGAGGGACAAGACUGUUGAAGGUUUGAUGCCGACAUUGACAGAUAGACAGUUUGUCCUACUCUCUGUGCUUAGAAACUGACAACAGAGGCUUUUCACCUGUGAUUCCUCAGAUUGCGUGCGUGCGUGCGUGCGUGCGUGCGUGUGCGUGUGUGUGUGUGUGGUGGUGGUGUGUGUGCUGUGUGUGGUGGUGGUGUGUGUGUGUGUGGUGUGUGUGUGUGUGUGUGUGUGUGUGUCGUGGUGGUCGUGGUGUGGUGUGUUGUUGUGUGUGUGUGUGUGUGUGUGUGUGUGUGUGUGUGUGUUGUGUGUGUGCAUGGUGACACCAUUCCUCCUCCUCUGCAGAUAUUUUAACACUUUGACGUUGAUUUGUGCGCUCUCUCUCUCUCCUAUUUCUUACCUCCAUCUUUUGAUGCCAAGUGCUCGUAGUUGCAGUAUUUCUGCACUGCACUUCCCAGAGAUCAACUGUGCAUCAAACACUGCGGGCGGUUCAUCUUUCCUCUGGUUUUGCUGAUAUUUUUCUGUUGUGGCAGUUUGAGCCUCUGUCAGUUAUUCCAAGCUGCUGCUGCUGCUGCUUGCUGCUGCUGCUGCUGCUGCUACUAGACAUGUAAAACACACUUUUCUGUGUGCUAGUAGACUUUUCCCCUGAGAGGACCUACCAGACCCAGAGUGUGUGGAACAGCAAAUGGAAAAGCUUUCCAUACACUGGCUGAAGGUUGCAUCACUAUUGUGUUAUAGCAAUCAGUGAUCGAGAGUAGCUAAAUGUGCAUUUAUUUAUUCACGUAUGUGAAGACAUUAACAUCUCAGGUGAAAACACUCCUCAGUUUGUGUUGCUUUAGUGAGCGUUGCUUUGUGUUGACCUGGUAAGGGAUAUGAAGCAGGAGGGCGAGCUACAUGUUGGGUAAAGAGAGGGCACCUGUGUAAACGUCACUCUAAACUCUGUGUGCAUUUCUGCCCUCAAACUGUUUUCCACCUUCUUGACUUUUAUGGUUGCAGCGAAUCGCUCCGUUAAACUUUCCAUUUAAACUUUCCGGACCUCUUGGAAAAACACAACCUCCGUCACCCCCCCCCAUCCUUCCCUCCUGUGUCUGCUCCCUCCUCACAUUACUAUCUUUGAUCUCCUCCCACCACAGUUCAGUUUCAUAUCUCGCUUGAAAUUGAGGCAGUAGCACCUGUUCCGCUGGCCAUCUUAAUUCAGAGACUGCGCUCAGCCCCACACUGUAAUCCAUUCACAUGCCAGAUUUGGAGCCAACAUUUUGUUAAUAAUAAUCAGACAUUGCACAAGUUUUAUCUAGUGGGG